AUGUCUGAAAUGGUUAAAUAUCCAAAAUUGAUCAAAAAGAAACAAUAUUGCUAUGAAAUAGAAGAGCAGUUAGGAGCUAAACGUCCAAAUCCAGAGUGCCAGCUGAAAGAGCUGGGAAAUCUGAAAUCAUGGAACAAGGAAAUAAGAGUGACUGAAUUUGUGUUGCAUAGUCUUUCAGGUCCUCGACAGCUACAACUUUUCUAUUUUGCAUUUUUCACACUUUUCUAUUUAUCCACUUUGCUGGGGAACUUCCUCAUUGCAUUCCCAGUUCUUUCUGAACCUGCUCUCCACACCCCAAUGUAUUUUCUGCUCAGCAACCUCUCCUUCAUUGAUGCAUGUCUAUCCACUUUUGCCACUCCCAAAAUGAUUGUUGACUUCCUCAUGGAGCGCAACACCAUCUCCUUUGAAGGCUACAUUGCCCAGAUAUUAUUUCUUCAUUUAUUUGUUGGGGGUGAAAUGAUACUCCUCGUUUCCAUAGAAUAUGACAGGUAUGUAGCCAUAUGUCGACCUCUGCAUUACACAGCCAUCAUGAGUAUAUGCAAGUGCACAGGCUUCGUGGUGGGCUCCUGGUUUUUUGGAAUCUUGCACUCAGUGAGUCAGUUGGUCUUCAUAGUAAAUCUUCCAUUCUGUGGUCCGAAUAAUGUAGACAGCUUUUUCUGUGACCUUCCCUUGGUUAUUAAACUGGCCUGUGCUGAUACCUAUAUCCUUGAGAUACUGAUUCGUUUAAACAGUGAUAUACUGGGUCUAUGUUGCUUGGUGCUAUUGUUCAUGUCCUACACAGUCAUCCUGGUCACCAUGCGACGUCGAUCAUCAUCAGGCAUGGCCAAGGCCCGGGCCACCCUGACUGCCCAUAUCACUGUGGUGAUCCUCCUCUUUGGGACCAGUGUCUUCAUCUAUGCCUGGCCUUUCCACAACUUUACAGGAGAUAAGAUACUCUCAAUAUUCUAUACUGAUUUUACUCCUCUCUUAAACCCCUUGAUCUACACUCUAAGAAAUAAGGAGGUUAUAUCAGCAAUGCAGAAACUGAGGAGGCUAAAGAUAAGUUCCUAA